AUGGAUAAGGAUGUGUUUAAUAACUUCAUUUAUGUAAUGACGAAUUUAGAAUAUGAUUCGAAUAAAAAAAACUAUAAAUUUAAAGAUGCUGAUAAUUUCAAAGAGUAUUGUACUGGUGGUUGUGAUAAUGAUCUCGACAAAAUUAAUGCUGGAUGUUUAUAUUUUUUUAAUGCAUUCUUUAAGAAUUCUGAUUUGUUUUCGAAAUAUGCAAACAAUUAUAUGAAUAUUGUUGAAUACAUUAUGAUAUGGUUAAGUUAUAUGUUAACCCUAAAGGAAAAUAAUAAUAGCAGCGUCAGCCAUCUACAACAUUUUUAUACUACAUAUAUAAAUGGUAGUGAUCAGUAUAAAAACUCUAUAAUUAGUGUUGAAGAUAAUAGCAGUUAUAAGGAUCUUUUAAAUAAAAAAAAUUAUUUUUUGGAUAUUAAAGAUAUAUCUAAAUUUUAUGAAGCAUUUAAAUUAUUAUGUGAAACGUAUACUGAAUUUGAUGAAAAAAAGAAAGAUUGCACAAAAUGUUUGGGAAAAGCUAUUAAAUUUGCUGAAAAAUAUGAAGAACUUAACAAAGAUCCUAACAUUACUAAUGACAGUUCACAUAAUAAAAUAUUAUAUACUUUAUCAACUGAUUAUAAUAAAUUAAAAGACAAAUGUAGCAAUAGUGCAUCUCUUCCAGAAAUAUCAAUAAACAUUUAUGCACAAAUGUCUGGAGUUACAUCAAGUUCGUCGAUAGCAAACAAAUCAUUUAUAGUUUUAUCGAUAUUUGGUGCAAUAGCAUUUUUUUUAGGAAUUUCUUAUAAGUAUUCGUUAUUUGGAUUUCGGAAACGAUUUCAAAAACAAAAAUUAAGAGAAAAAAUAAAAAAUAUAAAGAAGAAAAUGAAUCAUUAA